AGUGGCUUCUCCUCCAAAGGUUAAGCAUCCUUAUCACAGCUAUAAAACGUUUGAUUCGUUUUCUAUCACUAGUUAUUACAUGCUAAUAAAUAUGUUUGGAAGAAUUUUGUUUUUACUCGUGCUUGCAAAAUUUGGGCUUUCUAUCGAUGAUCUUAUCAUCACGUUGCCCAAUGGAAAAAUUAGAGGUCGGCAAGAUAUAACACUACAAAACAAAACUUAUUAUGCUUUCGAAAAAAUUCCAUAUGCCACUCCACCCUUAGGGCCUUUGAGGCUGAAGGCACCUCAACCUGCCCAAAACUGGGAGGGUAUACUUGACACCACCCAUAUAGACGUGAGUUGUGUGCAGCUAGAAAUUGAUGAUCAGCCUCAGUCCGAAGACUGCCUCUACAUUAAUGUUUUUACACCACAACUUCCGAGUAAUAAAACAACCGAACUGCUACCGGUUAUGUUUUUUAUACAUGGUGGCGGCUAUAUCCACGGUUCAAGCAUGGAUUAUGGGCCUGAUUUGUUUGUCAACAACGAUGUCCUUUUGGUUACUAUUAAUUACAGAUUAGGUCCUUUUGGCUUUUUGUCAACUGGUGACGAUGUGAUUCCUGGAAAUCAGGGACUAAAAGACCAAAAACUGGCGAUUCAGUGGACUCAUGAUAACAUUGGGCUGUUUGGAGGGGAUGCUGAAAAAAUCACGAUUUUUGGACAUAGCGCUGGGUCGGCGUCUGUCGCUUACCAGCUGCUGAAUCAACAUUCAGAAGGCAUUUUCCAAGGAGCGAUUUUAGAAAGUGGCUCAUUUUUAUGCCCAUGGUCUUUCCAGAGAAAUCCCAGAAACGAAGCUUUUGGUUUCGCUACUAUCAUGAACUCGACUUUUGAAACAAAUAAAGAUUCCCAAGCAUUACUCGAAUAUUUGCAAAGUGUUGAAACUGUGGAAAUACUAGAUGCUGCUAAUAAAUAUUUGGUUCAGGAAGAGACUCCUUGGGACUAUGACGUCUCGCAAGGAUUAACCUGGGCACCUGUAACUGAAAUAAAAAAUCCGGAUGCUUUCAUUACCAAAAAAAUGUAUGGUUUGCUUCAAGCCGGAAAUAUUUUAAAAGUGCCCAUCCUUGUAGGUUUUGCUUCCGAAGAAAGUUUGCUUUUCAAUCCAGAUCACAAUGUUUUCCAAAACACGCUGAAAGCGUGGGACGACAAUUUGGGAUUAAUAGUAAACAAUAACAUGCAAAUUACUGACGAGAAUAAGCGCUUAGAAAUGGGAAAAUCGAUCAGAGAUAUUUACACCGGAGGUCAGUCUUUUGGUAGCCGAUUAGGGGAUGGCAUUAGGUAUUCCAGUGACACCUCGUUUACUAAGUCCACUCGUAAAUUUGCUGAAUUUUAUUCACAAAUAGCCAAAACGUACUUUUAUGAAUUUUCUUAUCAUGGUCCUUUGGGAAAAUCUGAUGUUCAUUAUGAUGGCGCUGAAAGUGUUGCCCAUGGUGAAGAACUGAAGUAUUUGUUCUGUUCCGGAUCUGAUUGUAAUGACAGCACUUUCCCUGAAAGUGACCGAAUUACAAGGCGACGACUUAUUAAAAUUUGGACUGACUUUGCUAAAUACCAAAAUCCCACUCCGGAACCAUCAGAAAUCUUGCAAAAUAUUACUUGGCCUGUUCUUUCAACAGACAAUGGAGACUUUUUGUACGUUAAUAUCAACGCAAGCUUGGAAAUAAAAAAUCAUCCGAAGGACGAGACUUACCAAAAGUGGAUCAAGCUCUACGACAGCUUGAACUUCACUGAUUUUGAUACCUACUGAACUAAUACAAAUACGUAUUUAAUGUGUUUGUGACAAAUGUAAAUAAAGAAUACACAGAG